AUUUGUAAGGCUUCUUAAAUGUUAAAGUUGGUUUGAAUUGCUGAUUUUGGCAAAUUUUCUUCUAGAAAGAAAUUCAUGUUGCCUGAAGCUCCUCCCACAAACCCUGCAGAAUGAAACCGAUUGAAGAUACUGAAGAACAAACAGAGUUGAUUGAAGAAAAUAAAGAGAAAGAAGAACCGAGUGAAAUUGAGGAGAAAAAUCUUGCUAAAACUGGAGAAAAUCCUUUGAGUUGCUCUCAAACCAAACAGAAAAAAUGCAAUAAGAGUAGAUCCAAUAAAUAUUUCACCUGCACUCAGUGUGGAAAGAGUUUCUCAAGGAAAUCUAAAUUUGAUGUUCAUUUGAGAGUUCAUACUGGACAGAAACCAUACACAUGUGAUCUGUGCGGAAAGAGCUUCACACAAUCAUCAAACCUUAAGAGACACGUGAACAUCCACACUGGAGAGAAACCCUACAAGUGUUCACACUGUGACAAGAGAUUCUGUCGAUCAGGAGACCUGAAUAUACACAAGAGGAUCCACACAGGAGAGAAACUGCACACAUGUGAUAAGUGCGGGAAGAGUUUCACAAUAAAGGGCCAUCUUACAGAGCACAUGAGAGUUCAUACUGGAGAGAAACCAUUCACAUGUGAUCAGUGUGGGAAGAGCUUCACACUAAAAGGACAUCUUACAGGGCAUAUAAGAGUUCAUACUGGAGAAAAACCGUACACAUGUGAUCAGUGCGGGAAGGGUUUCACACACUCAGCAAACCUUAAGAAACACAUGAACAUCCACACUGGAGAGAAACUGUACACAUGUGAUCAAUGCAGAAAAAUAUUUUUGUGGGCUUCAGAUCUGAAGAAACACCUGAGAGUUCAUACAAAGGAGAAACCCCAUUCAUGUCAUUUGUGUGGAAAGAGUUUUUCAUGUUUAGAAAAUGCAAAGAAUCAUCAGAAAAUUCACUCUGGUGUGAGAGACCAUGUGUGCUUUGGGUGUGAAAAGACUUUUAUUUCAGCAACGUGUUUAAAACUGCACCAAAGGGUUCACACUGGAGAAAAACCUUAUAAGUGUUCACACUGUGACAAGAGAUUCAGUGCUUCAGGAGACCUGAAGAGACACAAGAGGAUUCACACUGGAGAGAAACCGUAUCACUGCACUGAAUGUGGGAAGCGUUUCAAUCAAUCAUGUUCUUUACACAGACAUACAAAACACCGUCACAGAUCAUCUUCAGAUCCAGCUCUUUCAGAUCUGAUGCGGCAUCCUCAGCAAAUGAGACACAAUAAUGAAUCAAGCAUUAACAUAUCGUCUUGAUAAAUCUGUCCUAACCAGACAUUAAAUGUGACAUGAUGAAGAAACAUUAUCUAGUUUUCACAGUGAAUAAAUCUUCAAAACCAACUCAAAA